UUCCCAAAGCGAACACCCGUUCUGGACUCCAGCGCCAUGAAGACCCGGGUGCAGCUGAGCAAGAGGCGGCGCCAACGCCGGACACCCAUCUCGAACUCAUUACGUAGGAGCGGCGGCGGCCAGGAGGAGGGUCAGCCGCAGACAUCCAAAAGCAGCGAACCUAACGGUGCCUGGAUGGUCAGGGGCUCGACCGGAGAGAAGCCAUCAGAGGAAGAGGGGAGACCCCGAAGCACGGAGCGGUCAGCGGCCCCCCAAACCCAACGGCUCCCCGUCUUCCCAGGGAUGGACCACUCGGCCUUCAAGGUGACUGUGGUGGGGUGACCAUGUGGUGACCAUG